AUGAACUCAUCCAAAUGGCGCAUCUCCAAAGCGUGCCACGAGUGCCGUGCACGAAAGGUCAGGUGCAACGGCCAGACUCCUUGUGAGCGCUGCAAGACCAGAGGCAUCGAUUGUGUUUAUCGGGAGAAGGCGCGCAUACGCCAAAAGGCGAGUCAACGGAAUGCGUUGAAUGGGGCUGCGGUCGCGAAACCCCCGACUUUCGUACCUGCGCGCUCAACGGUUCCUGUGUCUCAAAAUCAAGACGAUGGCGCCGAUGAUCUUGAGUCGGAAGCUUCACCCGGCGCCGGCGGCGAGAGCAACUACAACGUCCAUAGCGUUGCCGCGACCCAUGAGGCAUCGCCUUCUUGUCUGAUUCAGCUGUACUAUGGACCCUCGUCCAACUUUUCUCUCCUGCAUUCCAUCUAUCACCAGAUCGAGGGGACGGUACCGAGCACGCCGUCGCGGCAGGGCGUGGAGGAAGUUGGUCCCGGGCUGGAUCUAUUUAGCCAUCGACGCUUGUUCUUUGGUGACCUGGCCGACACAAACCCGCCUUUACUGAGGUCAGAUGACUUUACCGGGAUCCUGCUUUCCCCAGCCACUGCGCAGACCUUGUUGGAGAGGUAUCUUGAUACCUAUUGGCAUGCGCUACCCUUCAUGUCCAAGGAAGAGCAUCGCACAAAGCUGGACGAGAUGUUUCGCCCCCCAGGAGUGUUCGGAUACGACUCCCCGGAAUGUAUCAUCAUCCUCCUGGGUAUUUCAUUGGGAGCUUAUAUGCUGGGACAGCACACUGUCUCUGAGUUUCUGUAUCAAAAGUCCAGGCAAGGUUCAGAGAAGCUGGAGGAAGUGGUCAAUGUCCAGAUGGUGCAAGUUUACACCAUGAUGAUAACCAUUCUACAAAUCGAGAGAGCUCGUCCGAACUCAUCUUUUCUCCAUCUUGGGUCUGCUGUGCGUCGCGCCUUGGCUAUUGGACUGCAUAAGGAAGCCAUCGCCAGGGGUGGAGAGACCCGGCAGGACAUGGAGCAGAAAAGAACUACAUUCUGGAGUCUGUUCUUCUGGGAAACCUGGAUUUGUUUCAUGAUUGGCCGACCGAACUCUAUCGUCGACCCGGGAACCGCCGUUCCCAUGCCGAAGAAGCAGAAGUUUCUGAAAUCCAUGGUCACGCUAUCACGGAUCAUGGCAAAGUGUACGAAUCAGAUCUAUACCCCACGGCAUGAUUCGCUUAUGCCGAUGUGGAACGCGGCCAACGAGAUCCGUGAACAGUUGCACCGAUUUGCAGAGUGUCAACCCCGGGAUAUGGGAUUCGAGCUGGUCGGCCAUACAAAGCCUGGUGAGGAGGGAUUCUGUCAAACAUUACUUUCGUCUACAUACCAUCAAACACUACUCCUCACGUUUCGACCUUUCCUCAUCUUGCGGGGCAAGUUGAGAAGACAGGGGAAAUCUCCCGGAACUCCCAGAUCUGCCGAGAAGCGACCUGCGGCCCCACCACCCUGGUUUGAUAAGGCAUGCCAGAUCUGCCUGGACACCGCUAAAAGCACAAUUAAUAAUAUGGCAAAUGCCUUGCAUACCAAUGAGCUUUGCAAGGGUGUCAAGUAUCAAAAUUAUUUCGUUGAGGGUGCUUGCUACGUAUUAGCACUAGACUUACUCCAAGAACCCUAUGGAUCUAACCGAGAUCUAAGAUGCAUCCGCACUGGGCUCAGAUGCCUUCAGGCAUUGCUUCCUAACAUUCCGGGAAAUAACACGCAGACCCCUACUACCAUCGCCGCUAUUGUCCGCAUGGUACGGUGCGUGGUACCUGACUUUGAGAUAGCCAACGAGGCUGGCCCGGAUAUGGGACUUGGUCUGUGGGGGCAGAACUCGCCGUCGAUUGUGCCUGACCCAACGACGCCGAUGACCAAUGUCACCACAGCAUUUGCUUAUCCUUCGAUGCCGCUAUCCUCAGACUUUGCUCCGUUAGGUCCGAAUGACGCGUUCCCAGGAGGCUUCUCCGACUUUACAGCUGCCGACCUGGGUCUCAAUUUCGACUUUGGCACUAUGGAUAUGGAUGCCUUCCUAUCAAUCGACACGAAUCCAGCCUGGGACUUGAAAUAA